UGCCGGGCAGGCAGAACCCCUCGAGGGCGCGCCAGUUCGGAGGUGGCGCCGGAGCGCUUCUUCGGCCCCCGGCUGCGCUCCAAGGGCCACUCCGGGACUCCUCUGGGGAGCCAGCAACAGAUGCUGCAACGAUGGAACUGAGCUGCACUGAAGUACCUCUUUAUGGACAGAGCACUAUAUAUGGAACAUUUGACAAAAAUCUCCUGGAGGAUGCUGAAUUCUACUUUGUUUACAGUGGCUCAAUCCAGAGACAUGUGGUUUUAGCCAAGCACGUUACUGAUAAGUCCCUUGAAUCUAUUGUCCCAGCUCAUGGAGAACAAGAAAAUGUUUCUGUCUCUGCAGUCAUGUACACAAAAGAAGGCGUACUUGUGACUCUGGGCUUUGCAUCUGUCACUUUCAAGCAGGACACAGCUUAUGAGUUAGCAUGUUUUCUGAUGAGCCAAGCUGAUUGCCUCACUCCCUCCAGUCACCAGACACUUCUCAGCAGGUUUGGUUUAACGGAGGAGGAUUUUCAGGCCCUGGAUCAUGAUGUCAUGCUAGCUAUGGCUCAUGGAGAUUUUCCACCUGCUUGGAGCACUGUUGGGAAUAGUUCUGGAGAGGAAUCUAAAUGCAAAGAAACACUUCUUCAUCUCGCAAUGAGACUGGGGCUGGUUAAACUUUCCCAGUUCCUGUUAUGCCAGCCAGGUGGGACAGUUGCAAUCACUCUACCUAAUGAAGAUGGGUUCACACCUUUGGACUUGGCUUUACAGAAUGGGCACUUGAGGCUUGUUGAACUCAUUUCCAGGAGGCAGCCCAGCCAUCCAUCUGAGAUUUCUAAAGUGGAGCUUGGUGAGACUGCAAUCCUACAAUUUGCUCAUUCAUCAGGAACUCUGACACUGACACUUAAUCGCGCGUCAGACCAUUUGCUAGAAUCUGAUGUUCAGCUCUUCAGGAAAUAUUUAUGGGAUAGAGCUUUUCUGCACAAGAAUCUUCCUCCAAAGCAAGCUGAGACCUUGAAAAGAGUUCAGAUGCCUUGCAAUUCUACAGCUUCUGAAGAAGAUCCCAUGGACUUUGUUUCUGAAGAGCCAGCUUUCAAAAAUGAAGAUUCAACGUUUUACAAAGAUCAUGUGAUUCAGCCAAGUGAAAAUGAAGAUGAUUUAGUUCAACAACAUUCCCCAUUUGAGGCUUAUCGGAAAACCUCAAAUCCCUCCACCUUCUUUGCCGCAGCCAGACUUUCUGCGAUGCUGAAUGGAAGUGAAGAAGUCUAUGCGAACCGCAUGGUGGUGGAUCAGAUGGAAGACAUGGGCGUCAAGUACAUGAAGGUAGACCAGUCUGCUCCUGAAAUGUACAGAGACCGCGCAGACUCGAAUGAAGAUCCAGAAGCAUCAGCAAAUAGUGGGGACAGCAGAAACUCCUCCCCCAUCAUUCAGUCUAAUUUGGAUGCAGCAGGUCCAUACUUGUCUCUCAAGAAGACACAUGGAUUUAGCAAUCAACGGAAUCAACGCUAUUCCAUCAUUAAAAAAAGGAGUUCUAGUCUUGAUGACUUGGAUGUAGACAAUGGAGAUGAAAGAAUUUCUAACCGAUCCCAUAACUGCUACCCUUCAAUGUCCUUCAACUCUUCUGCAACCUUGGACAAUAGGGAUGGGUUAGGUUCUUCAGAGACAACCACAGAACUGGAUUUUAACAUGAGCAGGGCUGAAUCCCUUCCUUUGUCCAGCAAUCUGCAGUCAAAGGAAUCCUUACUGUCCGGAAUUCGGUCUCGUUCAUAUUCCUAUACGUCACCCAAAGUCUUAUUAGGGAAAUCACACUGUGCACGGGACUUCACAGUAGCCGAUGCAAAUGACGAACAACGUGCAUUCAGCUUGCCUGAACAGUCAAGAGAGAAAAGGAUUCCGGAAGAAGAGUGGGAAAAGUAUAUAAUACCUACAAAAUCAGAAUCUGAAAAAUAUAAAGUCAGCCGUACUUUUAGCUUUCUGAUGAAUAGAAUGGCCAGUACACGAAAUAAAUCCAAGGCCAAAAAUAAGGACGCCAAAGAGAAGGAGAAGCUUAACAGGCACCAAUUUGUUUCUGGGACUUUUGCUGGGGUGCUGCCAUGCUUCUCAUGUGAGAAAGCCCUUUUGGGGAAAGAGGCAUUGCAGUGUUUAUAUUGCAAUGCACUUGUGCAUAAAAAUUGUAGAGAAAGUGCUCCUGGGUGUCCAAAACAGAAAUCCCAAGAGAGGUGCCAUAUUAAGAACAGGAUGCAAGCUGUCCAGACAAGUAAGCACUCUAAUCCAUCGUUCAGAGAUGUUCCACAGCCAACAAUGUCCUCAAUGCACCCUUCUACCUCAACACCCAUUGGAUUAUCUACUGUAAAAAAAGAUGUAUUGCAGCCAUCAAACCCCUUAUCCAAAAGUGUUCCAGGUACCAGUUUUGAAAGGAAAUCCAUGUCACCUUUGGAAUCAGAUGCCGAUACCAGCAGCUGGAGAUCUCGGUCUCACUCUGAAGAGCUGUUGCAAUCAAUAGGGACCGCUUCGUCAGUUGACUCUUUUAUAAUUGAAGCUACAGACGACGUUGAUGCCUCCCUGUGGAGCGACCUCAGCACCGAUGCAUUAGAAUUUGAGGCAGAAUCCUGGAGUCUUGUUGUCGACCCUUCAUUUUGCAAUAAGCAGGAAAAGGACAUUAUCAAACGGCAAGAUGUGAUUUUUGAGCUGAUGCAGACAGAAGUACAUCACAUCCAUACCCUAUUCAUUAUGUCUAAAAUAUUCAGAAAAGGAAUGAAAGAAGAAUUGCAGCUGGAUCACAGCACUGUGGACAAAAUAUUCCCCUGUUUAGAUGAACUGCUAGAACUUCACCAGCAGUUCUUCUGCAGUAUGAAGGAAAGACGACAGGAAUCAUGUGAGGAGGGCAGUGAUAGAAAUUUUGUAAUUAGCAGAAUUGGAGACAUCCUUGUGCAGCAGUUUUCAGAAGAGAAUGCAAACAAAAUGAAGAUGAUAUAUGGGGAAUUUUGUAGUCAUCAGAAAGAAGCAGUGAGUCUGUUCAAAGAACUGCAACAAAAUAAAAAGUUUCAGAACUUCAUCAAACUACGGAACAGUAAUCUUUUGGCUCGACGUAGAGGAAUCCCAGAAUGUAUUCUGCUUGUUACUCAAAGAAUCACAAAGUACCCAGUUCUGGUGGAGAGAAUAUUGCAGUAUUCCAAAGAAGGAACUGAAGAACACCAAGACUUAUGUAAAGCCCUUUGCCUAAUCAAGGAUAUGAUUGCAGCAGUUGAUUUGCAAGUCAAUGAAUAUGAGAAAAAACAGAAAUUGAUGGAGAUUCUCAGUAAGAUUGAAAACAAAACAUAUACCAAGCUGAAAAAUGGCCAUGUUUUCAGGAAGCAGGAUCUGAUCAAGAAAGAGAGGACACUGCUGCAUGAAGGCUUAGUCUAUUGGAAAACGGCUACGGGACGCUUCAAAGAUAUAUUAGCCCUCCUUCUAAAUGACGUGAUGUUGUUUUUACAAGAAAAAGAUCAAAAAUAUAUUUUUGCAGCUGUUGACCAGAAACCUGCAGUUAUAGCCCUCCAGAAACUUAUUGUCAGAGAAGUAGCCAAUGAGGAGCGAGGGAUGUUCCUGAUUAGUGCCUCGUCUACUGGGCCCGAGAUGUAUGAAAUUCAUACCAGUUCCAAAGAGGAACGCAGUCAGUGGAUGAGGCAGGUUCAAGAGGCAGUGGAAAGUUGUCCAGAGGAAGAAGGAAAAAUGAGCGAAUCUGAUGAGGACCGAAGAAUAGCUGAAGCCAGAGCAGCCAAAAUUCAAAAAUGUCAAGUAAUUUUGAGUAACCAGGACCAACAGAUCUGUAGCUACUUAGAAGAUAAGCUGAAUAUCUAUGCAAAGCUUGGAGACAUGAGUGGCUUUGAAGAUGUCCAUGUAGAACCACACCUGCUCAUAAAACCUGACUCCGGAGAAACACCCCAAGUGGCCUCACUCCUGGCAGCUGCUCUCAAGGAAGCGGAAAACCUCCAUGCGGCUGUAAGAUUAUCACAGAUGAAUGAAACAGACCUCUCAACAGAAGAGAGUACUGAAGAAUCGAGCAUGACAGAACGUCUUGGUGAAGCUGAAGACUGCGAAUCUUUGACUGAUUAUACAGAACUGAAGGGGGAUAGAGAGCCUUGUGAUUCAGAUGUCAAUGAUGCAAACAGCUUCACAGAAGCUCACAUGCUGGAUCAGGAAGGAGGCAAGCAUUUUGCUGCUUCUGCGCAAACUGAGAUUGUACAGACUAUCCAGAAUUUAACCCGCCUCUUGUACAGCAUCCAGGCAGCCGUAACCAUUCAGGACAGCCACAUUGAGAUCCAUAAGCUGCUCCUGCAAGAACAGGAAAGGUCCAGCUGGAGUCCCAGUUUCCGUAGCACCUCCCUCCCGGAGCAAGAAAAGCACCGGAACUUCAAACCCAAAGAGGAACUCGUGAAUAUCCAGAAGCUGCAGCACCAGUUCCAGCAAGAGCAGCAGCGCUGGCACCGCGAGUGUGAGCAGCGGCAGCAAGAACACGAGGCGAGAGAGACCUGCUUGCUGGAGAAGGAGAAAGAGUGCCUGAACCGAGAGGAGCUGCUUUGCAAAAACCAGGGAGAGCUGGACGUCCAGCUGCAGGAUUACCAGCAGAACCUGGAGAGGCUCAGGGAGAGCCAGAGGACGGUGGGGAAGGAGAGGGACACAGUCAGGCUGCAGCAGAAGAUCUUGCGCCACUGGAAGCACAGCCGCCAGAGCAGUCUGCCUGCAGUGAUCUCCCCAGGGAACAAUGAGAUCAUGGGGCACAUCCAGUCGGACUGUUUUUGUGGUGAGAAUUCAGUCUUCCUAAAUGAAGCCAUAGUACAGAUGUCAUUAAACCGCCUCAACAGAUCAAACUCAUCUCUAGUUUACCAGGACAGUGUGCGUGGCGUGAACCUGCCAAAUUCAGAUUUAACAAGGACUCCUGAAAACCAGGGCAAGCUCAACAUGGACAUUUCUUCCCAGCAAGCAUUCAUGGGUGAUCCCUCAAAAUCCAGCAGACUCUGCCAUCAUACUCCCUCCUUCAGCGCAGGUCACACAGAUGCUUGUAACAAUUGCAGUUGCACAGAAGCCGUGAACAGCAGGAUGAACUCGGCCAGUGAAGAUUUUGUUAGGAAUCCAGGAAUGAACUCGGAUCUAUCCCUAAAAAGCCAAAUACCCAAAUAUCAAGACAUGAACGCAUUGCAGAGCCAGUGCCCAAGACCACACAGUUCAAGUCUUGUCACUAUCCAGCCUCAACACCCAUCAGAUGUUCUGCUGCACAGUCUACCUGGUGAUAGGGGACAAGAUUCAGAAAGUGGAGACACGGAAGAAAAUAUUGUUUAUCUCUAAAACCUUUCCUUGUUUACUACCAGUAGCACUUUAGGAUGGCUUUUCUCAUUGUUCAUAGUUGGUCUUUGUCCAAAUUACUUUGAAGACAUCUUAUUUAUUGUAAAAAAAAAAAAGUUUUCCAGAUUCAUAGGAUGCAUAUUAAGUUAUUUUUUAAAAACUGUGUCUAAUAUUUAUCUUGUGACACACAUAUUACAUCAGAAAUGCUCUAUAAGCAACAUCAAACAUUGUUGGACUAAAAGCUGCAAUGACUUGUGUAUGAUGUGAACACCACAAUUAGACCUUGGGUGGAAACAUUUCUGUUCCCGGGUUAAGACUGCACAGUCUUUCUGAAAGUAGUGCUGUGUGCAAUAGGAACAUUUGAAAUUUCAUAAUGCAACUCAGUGGCUUUAAAAACAGUAGAUGCAUCAUAGUAGACCAUUCUUACCCACAUGGGUGUCUGUCAUGGGUUCACCAUCAUAUCAGCCUUUGUCUCUGGAUGGGGGAAGCAUACCUGAAAUAUUUCUCAAGUGACUUUCUGGAUCUCCUCGGUCUCACUAUGGCCUCCUCAAAUGAUGCAUUGCCACUAUUGAAGAUCUUUUGCCAAAUUAACACUUUCUUUUCACAGUGAACAAUUUAGUGGCCCAGCGUUGUCUCAAGAUUUUAUUGUAAAAGUGAGGAGCUUCAGGAAACAGAUCCACAUCUGCAAGCUAGAUUCUUGGUGGUUUCAGAUUACUCCUUGGCAGAUGUCUAUAUCAGAGACCUAAGUCUCACCUAGCAUGUAUAUAACUUUCUUUUCAAAGCCUUCGAGGUCAGUUUUGUGAUGUAUUGCUUUAUAACUUGUUCUUGGCUACAUCAAGUGCCCCCUUUUUUUUAUCAAAGCACUGAAAUUCAUCACAUAGACAUUGCUAUCCCUGUGGAACGGAGAGGAGGAUAGUGAGAAAAAUGUAAAGUCCCCGUCCCCCCACCUAACCCAAAUCCACUGCUUUUCACACACAUGGACUACAAAUCAGUGUGCUUCUUUCAGGACAGAGCUUUGAUAACAUAGAGUAAUGAAUGAAGGUGUUUUUUUUCCCUGUGCAUUUUUCAUACAUAAUUGUAUACUUUUUUGAACUUAAUAAAUAUUCUAUAUCUCCAA